GUGUGGGCUUGGAGUAACGAGGGGUGUCAGAGUCACAGAUACUGACUCUUUACUCCACAUUUCUUCACUUUUUGGGGAAGUGCCCUCAACAAUCAUUAAUCUGUUCUGAUUUGAAAUGGGCUCUUCACUCUAACAUUUUUAUUCCUGACAAAAUGUGGGUGAGAUAUCUCGGGUUUGUUAUUCUUUUCGGCCUUCCAGGAGCACUGCAUGCUCAAAGUGCAACUCAGCCUUGUGGCGCUCCAGGCUUUGAUGGUGGGUUUUUUUUCCCGAAACAAGAAACAUAUUCUCAUGAAAUUGAGAUAACUUACGCCUGUGAUAGUGGACGUAAACCUGCAGUGAAGGGAUGGUGGGCAACAAGCACAUGUCAAAACGGGGUAUGGUCUCCUGAACCGCAAUGUAUAGAGAGCAUCCUUGCAUGUGGUGAACCCCCUCAAAUCCCCCAUGCAGUCAUUGUUGGUCAGAGAUAUCAGGAGGUGUUUGCUGCAGACUCCAGUGUGAAAUAUGAAUGUGAAGAUGGAUACUCUGUGGAGGGAGCAGAGAGCAAAAAAACCAUCUUCUGCAUAUCCGGAAACUGGACUGAAGGCCCAACGUGCAUCAGAGGAACUAGACCAGGUAGCGGAGGAGGUGAAGGACAAACUACAUCUUCUGACAGAACACAACCUGCAGGUGGAGGCAGCAGACCAGGUACUGGACAGGGUGGUUCUGCGGGUAGGGGAAACAUUCCAUCAGCUGGCAGUGUGGCCCGGCCUGUGGGUGUCAGAAACUGUGGAACUUUCCCUACGGUUGCCAACGGUGAAGUAGUGGAAUCGAACGAAUCGUUUUUGAAGUACAGCUGCAAAGUUUUUUACAAACUAGUUGGUCCAGAGACAGUGCUGUGUUAUGGCAACGGCACAUGGUCCAAUAUACCCAUCUGCAGAGAUGCCUACUGUGCUGUGAACACUGAUGAACAUCCACUGUUAGUUUCAGUCGGAAAAGUCUUUAUAAAAGAGGGAGAGGAAAAAGAAUUUGACUGUGUGCAUCAGGAUGAGUGGUGGUUUAAUAGUUACUCAGUGGGCAAGUGCACGACUGAAGGACUGAGGUUACAGAAAUGUUGUGCCAGGGCGCAAAUAACGUUGAAAAUUUGCUCAGGCAUUCUUGCAUAAGGGAGGAUUCUGCUGCUUCAAGAUUUGUUCAUUAUUGACUGAAGACAAACACCAGACACUUUCAGAGGACAAUAAUGUUUGGAUUAUGCAGUUACUCACUUUGCCCACUUUUCAAGAUGAUCCCC